UGAGGGGGGCGGGGUCAAGAGGCCAGCUGCCACAAUGUGACCCAGAGACGAAGAAAAAGAUUAACGACACUGUAUCGGAAUUAUGUCCAAAAGACUGAAGCCAUCCGGCGCCCAAGGAAGGAAAAGAAGGAAAGAAGAGGAAGAAAAAGGGGAAAAAGAUAGAGUGACAGGGGAUCAAAUUAUUCUCCUUGACCCACCACAAUUACACAUUGAGGAUGCAGCCGGGACCCAAGUCGACCCAGGAGAAGGCCCAGGCCAACAACCGCAUGAUGAGGAUGAUGAUGACUAUGACGAUGAUGAAACACUCACCGGUCGAGACAGUGAGCUCCAAGAUGAACCUCGGCCUUCCCCAAGAGGACAAGAGGACUACAUCUGCUGGACGAAGUAAAUGAAUUUCCGCUGGUGUCAGAGAGCAAUGCAAAUGAUGGGUGUGGUUAUGUUAUGAUGUCAACACAAGGAAGACGAGGUGCAGGAACAGGGCCAACGAUGGCUAACUUUGGAGGACAUGCCAUUCCCGGCUCCUUUUUCCUCUUGUUUGGUUUUUGGCUCAUCGUCAAACACAUUCUCCAACACAACUGGAGGACGAGACGACCCAAAGGACGGCAAGACACGUCUGACACGCCGCCUUUCCUUAAGAAAAUGGACUAUGUUGAAGGAGGAUUUCAAAUGUUUGCUUCAUUUGUGGGCAUUAUGGUUGAACAGUUUGUGGUGGACGGGCCUCACGCUCACCUCUACAGCACAGAGCACGACUCCUGGGUCAAACUGAUGAACUGGCAGCACAGCACCAUGUAUCUGUUCUUUGGGAUCCAUGGGAUGGCUCUGGUUUUCACAGCUAAAUCCAAAGUGGUGCCAGUUUGUGUCGAUCGCUUCACUCUGUCUCUGGCUCUUUUUGUUGAAGGGUUUCUCUUCUAUUACCACCUGCACAAUCGUCCUCCUCUGGACGCACACGUGCACACUCUGCUGCUCGUGCCCGUGUUUGCUGGAUCUGCCAGUACCAUGCUGGAGUUUUUCAUCAGAGACAACGUUGUUCUGGAGCUGUUCAAGGCUGGCAUGUUCAUCCUGCAGGGCUCGUGGUUCUACCAGAUUGGAUUUGUUCUGUACCCUCUGAACGGUAAUCUGUGGGACCUGGAACAACACGGAAACAUCAUGUUUGUCACCAUGUGCUUCUGCUGGCAUUUGGCUGUUGCUCUGCUUUUAGUCUCCGGCUCCUCGUCUCUGGUUUGUUUCACAGUGAAGAGAUUCCCGGGACGGACUCGGCACGUCGAGAUCGGAAUGCGAACUACAUCCACAUCCACAUCCAGCUGCCAAAAAGCUUUGCUUGAAGAAUCUGAAGAAGAGUGAUUUUAUUUUCUAUUUUGAUGUUUUUUCUGUUUGAGACCAAGCUGCUGUUUGCACAAUGUAAUGUUUGUUUCUAAUGAGUGAAAACAAUAUAAAGUUCUGUUUGAAUCAUUAAACCAAACAUAGAUGAGUUUUA